AUGUUAGAUACAUUAUUAUUUGCAAUUUUUAUUUGGUUAUUAAUAUUUUUAAAAUUUAUUUUCCGUUCCACCCCACAAGAAACCCACAGCCACACCCACAUCAACAGCCAAACCCACACCAACAACCACACAACUAAUCAAGCCACAUAUUCAAACCCACAACAAUCCCACAUCGAAAACCACCAAAUUAACCAAGCCACACCAAUUGAUCAAUCCCCAACUGAAAAAAAUAUGAAUAAAGGAUCCCCAUUCAUUUAUUCAUCCUCCCUCAAAAGAACCCAUUGUUGUUCCCAAUCAGAAAACUUUUUCCCAUCAACAGAGGAUAUGUAUGGUCGUUCCUCAUUAGCUCAAGAGAUGUUAUCAAACUACCCUCUUGAAAGACUCAACCCCCCAAAGGAACCAUCAAAACCACAAGAUCCAUUUCCAUACAUACCAAUAGAUCAUUCCAAAGGCCUCAAUCCAGACCUCCGUCUUUGUGAUGUAAGAAGACCAAUGCCUUGGGAAAUAGAAUGGGAAAAAGAACGUAUGGAAAAAAAAAUAAAGGAACAACAAGAAAAAGAACAAAUGGAACAACUAGAAAAAGAGCGUAUUGAAACUUUACAAAGAGAGAAACUAGAAAGAGAACGUAUAGAGGCUCAAGAAAGAAUAAGACUCGAAAGGGAACAAGAGGAAAGAGAACAAAAGGAAAGAGAACAAAAAGAAAAAGAAGAAAGAGAAAAAAAACAAAGAGAAGAUAGAGAGCGUAUCCAAUAUCUAACAAGAAGAAGAUUAGAAAGAGCUCAACAACAAAGAGAAGAAUGGAUACGUAGAGAAAGAGAAAGAAUAGAAAGAGAACAAAGAGAAAGGGAAGAACAAGAAAGACAACAAUAA